AUGACAGUUCCCAACGGCACCACCAAUGGCAGCCGGACCACCCGGCGGCCGCUCCCAUGCGGCAUCUACGCGCCGACCAUGACUUUCUUCGACCCCGAGACAGAAGACCUCGACAUCCCGACCAUCAAGAAGCAUGCCGAGCGCCUUGUCAGGGACGGGCUCGUAGGCCUCGUCACCAUGGGGUCAAACGGAGAGGCCGUCCACUGCACACGAGAAGAGAAGCUGGCGGUCACCCAAGCAACACGAGAGGCCCUUGAUGCGGCGGGCUUCACCGAGACACCCAUCAUCAUCGGCGCCACCGAGGGCAGCGUCCGGGGCACCAUUGAGCUGUGCAAGCUCGCCAAAGACGUUGGCGCCGACUACGCCCUGCUCCUACCACCAUCCUACUUCCGCUUCCUCAUGGACGAGCAGGCCGUCCACGACUACUUCAUCGCCGUGGCCGACGAGAGCCCGCUCCCGCUGAUCCUGUACAACUACCCGGGCGCCGUCGCGGGCAUCGACAUGGAUUCGGACCUGCUGAUCCGCCUUGCUGCCCACCCCAACAUCGUCGGCACCAAAUUCACGUGCGGCAACACGGGCAAGCUGACGCGCGUGGCCCUCGCCACCGACGCCAAGACCCCCUGGUCCGAAGGGUCGGGCUACAUGGCCUUCGGCGGCAUAUGCGACUUCACCGUGCAGACGCUGGCCAGCGGCGGCAGCGGCAUCAUCGCCGGCGGCGCCAACGUCAUGCCCAAGGUGUGUGUGCGGGUUUGGAACCUGUACGCCGAGGGCAAGAAGGAGGAGGCCAUCGCGCUGCAAAAGACGCUGUCCAAGGGCGACUGGGUGCUGACCAAGGCGGCGAUCGCGGGUACUAAGCAGGCCAUCCAGAGCUACUUUGGCUACGGCGGUCACCCGCGGCGCCCGCUGAAGAGGCUGGACAAGGCCAAGGUGGCGGCUAUUGAGGAGGGGGUGCGGGAGGUGAUGGAGAUUGAGAAAUCGUUAUAG